CUACAUAUGUAUGUAUUCGGUUAGAGGGAAUUGUUCAGGACACCGGUUUGCGCCACAGUAUAUCCUUUCAUUGCUCACCAUGGCAGGACUAGGUUCUGUGUGGGUUCGUGUGUUGACUGAUUUUACUGAAGAAUGGUUGCUUGCUUUACAAUUAUCUCUCUAGGUAGCAAGAGUGAAUCAGUCAAAGUUCCAAUUGUUCAAAAAUUCGCACAUAGCAGGUCGGAUGUAGCACUGGAGAACGUUGGGAGCGUCGGAAGUCAACAGCCCUAUGUCAGGGUUUAGGGUUUUAGGGUUUGUGAGCAUUCGCAAUUGUGGACUAAGUUGAAAGUUAGGUGUGCAGAUUUGGUUACUUGACGUAUUGGGUAUCAUACUGUCUGGUGGCUCAAAAACUGCGAUUGUGAUCUUAUCCGAGUACAUGGGGUGCAGUAGUUAGAGUUUCAGUGGAGAGUCAAGUCUGAGAUAUUAGCACUACGAGUCAUUGAGGCAGUGCACAAUGUUGACAUGAUGGCGUGGGGAAUUCUCAUUCUUAGUCUUAUUCAAACUCCUUGAAUUGGUGGUUAGCAAAUUCCGAAGAUACGUUCCAAUUUGCUUAGCAAUUAAUUUUCUUCGUCUUGGAAUCUUUGCAUCGCUACCUUGUAUGAUUUUCGGACGCCGAUGUCCCGAAUACGGCAGUCCAGCUGUUGGUGCGAGCGUUCAUCUUCGCUGAUUUGUAUUUCUUUCUACUUUUCAAAUUUUAUUAAUUUCUCUGGGCAGUACCUUCUCAUUGUUCUCGUCAAGUAUCAUUCAAUGGUGCAAAUAGCAAUCGUUUGGGGUUAAGCAAAGCGCCUGUUGCAGCCACUGAACCCUUGGUAGAGUUUGGGAGGGUAUGUUUGCGAUGGAGAAGCUUGUCGUCGGGGUGAAUGAGGCGAGUGGGAUUUUACGGGGUGCAAGGCUUGAUUGCCCCAGUGAUUCUAGGUCUUCGCCGAAUUUGAGUUCGAAUGGAGGUUUUUUGGGCUCAAGCUCCGUGCGUCUUGGUGGGCGGAUUUUUGGUAGACCAAAUUGUUCUCAGGAGUCGAAUGGGGUUGCGAAGACAACCAAAUUGAUUCAUUCGCGUAGUUUGGGAGUUUUUCUUGGGAAAGAUGUGAACGAUCGAGAGGAGGUUAGGUCUGAGCUCAUAGCAUGGCGUGAUGGAGCAAGGGCAUGGAAAGCGAAAGAUGAAAAUGUAGGUUCCACUUCCUAUCAGCAGUCGUCACGAAAUUCAUCGGAAUUGAGAAAUUUUUUGCAGGGAUAUGAGGGUUGGCAGGGAGAGAAGCCAGCCAAACCCCACAAUAAGAUAUUUGGGCGGAAGAAGAAGAGGAAAUAUGGAGAGAAAAUGUUGAAAAUGCUAAAGGCUCUUGAGGAGAAUCCAAGUAUAGACGAGGCUCUAGCUCCAUGGAAAGGACUGUUGAGGGAGGACGAACAGGGGACGCUACUCGAUGAGCAAUGGAGAUGUGAUCGUGCAUUCCAAUUGUUUACAUGGUUUAAUGAACUGGAAGGCUAUAGGCCCAAUACUUGCCACUACAACAUAAUUCUCAAGAAGUGUGGGAGAGCACAGAAAUGGGACUUGGUUCGGAACCUGUGGUCCGAAAUGCAGGAAAGGAAUGUCAUGGCGGAUAGUUACACGUACAACACGUUGAUUGACGUUAAUGAAAAGGCGGGACGCAAAGCAGAAGCAACGUUUUGGUUCGAGUGUUCCAAGCAACAAGGGUUUCUCGACGAAGUGGCGAUUGGCAGCCAGAUUAAUGUGCUCAAGGAGUUUGGAGAUUUCCAGGAAGGGAAUAAGCUCUUUGAGUCUCUGCCCAAUACUCUUGCUCAGCUGACUAGCACAUCAGGGAUGCAUCCUGGUUAUGAAGGCAAGGACGCUUGUGAGCAGAUUUCUGGAUCGAAUGGGAGUAGUAUUGGCAGUGAAGGAGAUGUAGGAACUUGUGAUUCAGCUUUUGAACGUUUGGAGAAUACUGCAAGUUCAUCGCCUAGAGAGAAGGCUUCAGGAAGCUCUGAGCAGUGUUCCGAUGAUUCUGAACAUUUAGAAGCAGAGGCUUUGAAGGCACCCCCUCAUCCAAUGAAGGUUGACACUUACAAUAUAAUGAUGGACCUACAUGGUAAAGCUGGAGACUUGGAAAAAGCAUCCAUGACGUUUAGAGACAUGGUAAAUGCAGGUGUCGACCCGGAUAUAGUGACUUAUAACACAAUGAUUCAUAUAUGUAGCCGAGCAGGUCGUGUUCGGGAAGCAAAAUCUUUGUUUAAGAAGAUCAGUGAGAAGGGUUUGGUUCCUGAUGUAGCUUCUUAUAAUACACUAAUCUCCAUGUUCAUUAAGAGAGGGGAAAAGCAGAAGGCUCUUCAGUAUUAUCAGAAAAUGAAAACAGCUGGUGUAACUCCCGAUACAGUCACCUUCCGCAUUCUUCUCAAGCAUUCAAUGCUUACAGCAGAAGGCAUUGGUUCAAAUUUGGAACUUAGCAAGCAUAUUACCUCUGUGAUGGAAGAACUUUCCUCAGGAAUCGGGGAAGUUAUGCAAGAGAGUGAACUCGCGCAAACAAUCAUGCUUAAUUUAUACAAGAAAGCAGGGAUGAAGGAGUUGGCGGUAGCAGCGGCUAAAAGAAUACGGGAAGCUGGUCUUUGGACAAACUUAGUUUCCUUCAACAGCGUGCUUGAAAUGUCGCAGUCUCUGUCAGAAGCUAGAGAAGUCUUUGACAGUAUGCAAGAGAAGCAAAUCAUACCAGAUAUUUCCACAUACAACCGUAUGGCAGGUGUAUUUAAAAGAGUAGGGCUAUAUCACGAAGCUUUACUAGAAAUUGAGGAUGCCGACUCAGCUGGUCUGCCUCUCAACUUACAUAUUCUGACAACAGCCGCAAGUUUGUAUUCACAUUUUGAAAUGCACGAAGAAGCCUUGGAAGCUUGUAGGGCUCUGCGAAAGUGUGGAUCCACCCUUGACGGACCAGCUUAUAAUGCCAUGAUUUACGCUUUUGGGAAUGCUGGCAGAGUGGACGAAGCUGUACGAAUAUCGAUGGAGAUGCAAAACAAAGCAGUAAAGGCCGACGUUAUUACUCAUACCACAGUGAUAACUGUUUACGCUAAGAUGGGACUCAUGGAAGGAGUAUCAAGAGUUUAUAAAAGGAUGAAAAGAGCCCAAUGUGAACCUGAUGAAGUCACCUACAAACAGUUGAUAUGGAUUUAUAAGAACUCUGGGCGAGAGGACUUGGCGGCCAUGAUUUUCCAGGAAAGGCAGUUUGCGCGCUACUUGGCUAAUUACUACAGAGAUGAUAAUACUGCCGAACUUUCUUCAACGGACACGGAAGAGGAUUAUGAAGAAGAAGCAGAAGAAGGAGAAGAGGCAGCCGAACCCUGAUUCGUGUAUCAGCAUAUUGGACGUCGACAAAUGUGGAUGAGAUUCACACAGAAAGCAGUGAAGAUUGGUAUGCAGAGGUGUUCGUAUAUAAGUGAAUAGAUUGUUUACGUCAACCAGUCAGACGUACUGGACAGUCAGUAAGCACGGAUACGAUUACGAUUGAGAAGGUUUCGGCACGUGGCAAUACUCAACCAGCUCUGUAAUUCAACACCGUCAGAAGGUGCAGAGGCAUCAAUCAACACGAAGAGAGUAGUGAUGUGCCCAUCAGUCUUCCUUGCAGAUUUUCGGAGGAUGCAAAGAUGUGCGACAGAAAUGUUUUAGAAAUAGAUUCCUGACCUGUUUAGAUUUCGACUUCAAUGCACCUGUCAAAGAGAGUUGUGACUCGAUGAACAGAUGGGAUUAGGAAAUUCAAGUCUGAAGAUGAAUCCUGUUGGCACCAUGCAAACGAAUGAUUCGGGUGCAUGCACAUUGUAGCCUGCUAACUUAGAUUGCAAUCGAAGCAUUCGGUCACGCAGAUCAGAUUCUCAUGGCUGCAAGUCGGCACGUUUGCUAUUCUGAGCUUGACGAACGAGAACCAGGUUCCUUAUACCCAACGUAAGAUACUCACACCUAAACCAUUCAGCUCACCUUCCAAUGUUCUACAUUGUAAAUUGCUAAUCUGGGAACAGAAUAAUUACUUAGGUUUAUCAGCUAUGUUGACCUCCGUAGUCGGGAAUUCCGUGUGCUUCUUCCUCAGCUACAUUUCACUCCAUGUUGUAUCCACACUGCCUCCUCUGGGCAACUUGGUUGGAAUGUGUUGACACAUUUGAAUGUCAGCUUCGCACCUCUUGGAACUUGGUAAAAAAAUAUUUUCUUAGCGUUCUUUUGCUUAGAAGUCCAAGACAUUGCAAAUUGGAUCUAUCACACCUCCUUGCUAUUUCAAACCCUUCUUCAAAGAUUCUCAAUGACAUGAAAAAUUUGCUGAUUGAAUCGGACGCAAGUGGUUAGGGUUUGUUCCAAGGUACGUCAGGGGAGCCUCUGAAAAAUGUUCUGUUGAAGAGAUUACCUACACUUGAAUAUCUCUUGAAUGGUGACUCCUCGGAUUCGACGACAAUGGUGAAAGUAGAUGCAUGGAAGAAACUCACCUCCGAAUGAUAUGCUUAGUUAACAACCUUCCACUAACAUCACCGAACCUCACUUCCUUCAGUCAUUUAGUUUUAUUAAUUCUUUCUCAUCUCUUUUGUGUCCAUCUUUCCCACACAUGACAAUCGACUUCUCUUGAUUGAAUACAAUGGGUGCUCAAGAUAAUAUUGGUUAAUAUUUCAAGGGUGAGGCGUCACCUCAUGGAGAGCACCGCAUGGCAGGAACCCAGUUAACCCACAAGUGUUCUUCGACAUCACGAUCGGGGGAAAGAGCGUGGGUAGGAUCGUGAUGGAGUUAUUUCACGACGUGACGCCCAACUGCGCAACUAAUUUCAAGGCAUUGUGCACGGGGGAAUGCGGCA